AAAAGAAAAUGGCGUCUCGGAUGGUGGCGUUAUAAGGGCCAAUUUAACUUCAUUUUAUGUUACUCUCUGGGUUAAUUCUCAGAAAAGAAAGACUAAGUUAGGCAGUUUAUUUAUUCAAAAUGGUUCUCGCGGACUUAGGACGUAAGAUUACGACGGCGCUUCGCUCUCUGAGCAAUGCGACCAUCAUCAAUGAAGAGGUCCUUGGUGCUAUGCUAAAAGAAGUAUGUGCAGCUCUACUUGAAGCAGAUGUUAAUGUGCAGCUUGUUAAAAGACUCAGAGAAAAUGUCAGGUCUGCUAUUGACUUUGACGACAUGGCGGGUGGGUUAAACAAGAGAAGGAUGAUUCAACAUGCUGUUUUUCAGGAACUGUGCAAGCUGGUUGAUCCUGGAGUUAAAGCAUGGAAUCCAAGCAAAGGAAAACAGAAUGUCAUCAUGUUUGUUGGUCUCCAAGGGAGUGGUAAAACCACAACAUGUAGCAAGUUGGCAUACUACUAUCAACGUAAAGGCUGGAAGACUUGUCUAAUCUGUGCAGACACAUUCCGAGCAGGAGCCUUUGAUCAACUUAAGCAAAAUGCUACUAAAGCAAGAAUACCAUUUUAUGGCAGUUACACUGAAGCGGAUCCUGUGGUCAUAGCUCAGGAAGGUGUUGAUAAAUUUAAACAAGAGAACUUUGAGAUAAUUAUUGUAGACACAAGUGGAAGACACAAGCAGGAAGAAUCUCUCUUUGAAGAAAUGCUUCAAGUGUCCAAUGCAGUUAGUCCAGACAAUGUAAUAUUUGUAAUGGAUGCUACAAUUGGACAAGCUUGUGAGUCCCAGGCCAAAGCCUUUAAAGACAAAGUUGAUGUUGCUUCAGUUAUUGUGACGAAAUUAGAUGGCCAUGCGAAGGGUGGAGGUGCAUUGAGUGCAGUUGCGGCAACUAAAAGCCCUAUAAUCUUUAUUGGUACUGGAGAGCAUAUAGAUGACUUUGAACCUUUUAAGACCAGACCAUUUAUAAGUAAACUAUUAGGAAUGGGAGAUAUUGAAGGACUGAUUGAUAAAGUUAAUGAAUUAAAGCUUGAGGACAAUGAAGAACUCAUUGACAAACUCAAACAUGGUGUGUUCAGUUUACGAGACAUGUAUGAACAGUUCCAGAAUAUCAUGAAGAUGGGACCAUUUGGCCAAAUCAUGGGUAUGAUUCCAGGUUUCAGUAGUGAUUUUCUGUCCAAAGGAAAUGAACAGGAAUCAAUGGCAAGAUUAAAAAAGCUGAUGACCAUUAUGGACAGCAUGAAUGAUGAAGAGCUUGACAGUCCUAAUGGUGCAAAGCUGUUUUCUCGCCAACCUGGUCGUUCCACACGUGUAGCACGUGGCUGUGGCGUGUCGGUCCGAGAGGUUCAAGAGCUGCUGUCACAAUAUACCAAGUUUGCAGCAAUGGUGAAGAAGAUGGGAGGAAUAAAAGGACUUUUUAAAGGUAUACCCUUUGUUUUUAUACAGUUUUGCCAUUUGUGCUUCUUGCCUUUCAUAAUUCGGCAGUACUGUCUGUCUGUGUCACAUGCAAGGGACACCGCCAUACAAGAUAUUGUCAAUGGUAAAAUAGACUCGUUUGGAGAAGAUCCAGAGGGGCCCGAAUCUAAUGAAUUCGAUCAGGGUGACAUACAGAUUCCGAUCACGGAGGUAAAUCUCAGUGAGGAAGGCCUUCAACAGUUACAUCUCGAGGACCCUCUUCAGUCAAGUCCCAACUAUGGAAUUGAUGUAUAUCUUCGAGUGCGUGAUCUAAUUAGAAGGCCUGCAACUCGUGAUAGUUAG